GGCAGCGAUCGGUCGAAUUCCCUGCGAGAAUAAUUUAAGCUCGUCUUUUGCUUUCCUUCGCGUUUCUUCAUAAUUCUCAUUCUUGAGACCAAGUCUUGAGCUGAGCUCGAGAAAUUGGUUACAUGGCCGCCUCUACUUCAAUAAUUGUGCUUAGGAAACGCAAACGUGCCGAAAAAAAUCAUGAUAAUCUAGUACUUCACCUCUCAUCUUCACCUUCUCCGAGCUACGACCCGUUUUCGGCAUCCGAGUCUGAAUUUGAGGUAGAGAAGUAUCCGUUCGCAUCCUCCUCGACCGCAGACGUCCAACGCAAAAGGAGGAAACAAUACGCCUGCACGCUUGAAGGAUGCAACAAGAUAUACUCGAAACCGUCGCGUCUGGCUGAACACCAAAGAUCUCACACUGGAGAUCGACCGUUCAUUUGCGCGGUCUGCGAUAAACGAUAUUUACGAGAAUCGCAUCUGCAAGCGCAUUCACGUUCUCAUCUGCCUAGCUCUGCAAAACCCUUUGUCUGUGAAGAAGCUGAAUGUGGAAAGCGCUUUUGGACUGCCCAACACCUCCAUGUGCAUAGCGAGCUACACAAAGGCGAGAAACCGUACCAGUGUAAUGAGCCAGGAUGCGGACUAGCAUUCGCGAAACACCACCAGCUGCGUGACCACAUGUGUUCAGUCCAUGCGCCGCCCGGUACGAAGCCAUACCGCUGUGAACACUCUGGCUGUGCAAAGUCUUUUUCUACCAGCCAGAAGCUUCGUGCCCAUCUCAAAACUCAUGAUGAGAAACGCUAUACUUGCAUUCAAGAUUCUUGUCUUGCCUCGCAGCCCUUCUUCGCAACUUGGACGGCUCUUCAACACCACAUGCGAACCGCCCAUCCGCCAACAUGUCCGCAUCCAGAAUGUAAUGGAAAGGUUUUCACCGCGCAGAAAGGGUUACGUGCCCACCUCAGAAUACACGAACAGCAAAACGUAGAGACAGAACUUUGUGCCGCUGAACCCCAGAGCGACGCUGAGACUGACAAUGAACGGCCCAGAAAACGUAGAAGAGGCGGGGAAGUUGGACGCGACUGGCUCUGCGAUGUUCCAGGAUGUGGCAAAGAUUUCAAAUCUAAAAAGGCCCUAACAACUCACAACAACAUCUCGCAUUUAGGACGCAGAGAUUUCGUGUGUCCACAUGAGAGUUGUAGCCGCGCAUUUGGUUACAAGCAUCUUUUACAGCGCCAUCUAGCCAAGUUGCAUCCCACUGAGGUCGCUGCCGUCCUGGUGGACCCGGUAACUGAGGAUGUGGAGGAUCACGUUGAGACUUCCGACGCUUUCGAUAUCGAUGAUAUCACCGGGGUGACUUACGGCGUCCGUGCUAAAGAGAGGAUGCAAUCUACGAGAGCCUUGCAAUGCCCUCAUCCAGACUUGCAACCAUUUCUGGGGAGCAUUCACCAAGCUCUCCCUGCUGGCAAUGCAAAGUGCGAAUAUGUCUUUAGCCGAGCUUAUGAUCUUCGGAGACAUCUUCGAGCUAUACACUGCUUGGAUGUUGAGAAGGAGAUAGUCGAUGAAUGGGUUAGAGCUGCUAGAAACGCCAAGGCUUCUACGUAGAGUUAGCCAGGUUUUGUAGAUCAUUCAUCACACCUUUAUUUAUUGCUUUGCUUGCGCAGUGCCUUUUCAUAGUUAUCUAGUGUAUAUAUUACGAUCGCCCAAUAUGCCAUCGCCCAAUAUACCGCGAAGGCGACCCGUACAUAUGAUAUAGUAACAACAGCUUGAGUAGACAGAUAUGACGAUGCGAGGAUGAUGGAUAAGGUCAACGAGA